GUCAAGGAAUUGAUAAUGAAGAAACGUCAUCAGCUUAUGACACUGGUUAUGUAUCUGAAUCUUUGCCCACACCAGAAAUUUCUGGAAAUGAGCAAGUUAUGUAUCAAUCAGAUGAAGAAGAUUCAGAGAGUGAUGAAUUAAGUUCUGAUGAACACGAAAGUAGUGAUAGUGAUGAAUCUCAAAAUGGAGGCGUAAUACAGGAUGAGCAAAUGUAUGUAGAUGGGGAAUCUUCUUUUUCACCAUUACAUAUUGGAUCACCUUCUUCUCAAGGUGAAGAGACGCCAGAAUUACAAAGCACUCAAACAAAUAAUGAAUCUUCUACUGGAUUUAGUGUUAUGG